UCCUAUAUUAUUGUAAUCCUAUUUUAUCUGUUUACUAUUCACACAGGUGCUUCAAGCCUACUUGGAUUUGCUGGUUAUUCUUAUUUAUUUGCUUCAACUGAAAAUGAAACCGAGAUAUCACCUUUACAUGACAUUGAUAAGAAACUAGAAUUGGUGAUUGGAACUUUAGAAGGUGAAGAAGCUACUGAUACAGGAGGAGAAGAAGUGGGAGGAGGAGUAGGAUUGGGAGGAGGAGCAGGAGGGGGAGGAGUAGUAGGAGGGGGAGGAGUAGGAUGUGUUGGAAUGAAUGAAAUAAAAGCUAUGAUAGCUGCUGGAAUCGACAAGAAAAUAUCUGAAGUGAACCACUUAAUACUUGAUCAACAGAAACAAAUUCGACAUCAAGAACUUAUGAUUGCAGAGCUUCAAGACAGAUUUACCAAAAUGCAUGAUGAGAAAACAGUAGCAGACAUAAAUAGCUUAGAUGUAAGAAUAACUCAGCUUCACACUGAUUUACGCAACAUCAAGUUCCUAAAGGAAGGCAGUAGCUGGGAUAGCAUGUUUCAAAGUAUAUCCCAGGAAGUCGGAACAUUAUCAAACAGUCAUGCUCAUUUGGUCACAGAAGUUCAGCAGUUCCAAAAAAUGCUUUCAGAUAUCACACCAUCAUUGGAUGCAAGGUUUGCUGAUCACAGCAACUCGUUAGAUUUAGCAGAACAGCAAUUUUCUCGUGAUGUAACUGAGCUCGGUGCCCAAUUGCAAGUGGUAGAAUCACAGUUAAAUGGCUUACUGCACUCAGAUAACCCUAAUGAUGAUGACAUUAAGAUGUUAAUCACAAUGAUAAAUGCCCAUGAAUCAAACAUGACAAAGCUACGUGUUGACUUGCGAGCAGUUAAGACACAAAUAGCUGCUGUUAGUGAUAAAGACAAAGGAGGCAAAAUCCACGAAAGCUUAGCAAGUCUUCAAGUGGAUGUUUCGAAUUUGUCCAGUAUUGUUGGUGGAAUUAAAACAACAGUCAAUCAACAAUCGACAAUCGUUUCAGGUUUAGAACAUUCUUUGAAAGUUUCCAACAUUGGGUUAAGGUCUGAAAUUGAAUCACUGUCAGGUUCCAUCAUCAGUCUCCAGGACCUUCAACAGAAAUCAGCUGCAGAUUUAAUAAUUAAUUUUGGUCAGUGGGAGUCACAACUUGAAACAUUAAACAAAGAAUCUAAAGGUUUGCAGCAAAAUUUAUCAAGUACAGUACAACUUGUGCAAAAUGAUCUUGCAGCAACGACUGCUACAGUGUCACACUUGAAGGCUGAUGUCAUGCAGCUGAAGAGAGUACAUGGAGAUCACCAAGAAGAAAUUCUUGCAAUGAAAAAGACACCUUUUAUUCAAGAUCCUCACUUAUCACCUGACUCUAGGUUGUUAGUCUCUCAACUUAGUGAAGAAACCAACCUUCUGAAGAAUGAGUUCCAGUUUUUGUCUUCCACAGAAGAUGAGCAAUCUCAGCAGACAUUAGAAAAAAUGAACCAGAUGAUCCAAGCUCUUGCAGUAAAUGUUGCAAACAUCCAGAGAAGUAUUGUUGAGGAUGGGGAUGUUGUGUCUCAAGUUACACUUCGGCAUUUGAGUUCGCUUGUUGGUGACGUCAAGCAUGUACAACAGCAGCUUGAUGAUGUACAGGUCACAGGUCAGCUGUCUAGUGAAGCAGAACAUUGGGAGAAUGCUGAGUUAAACCUUAAAAAGUUAAGCAACAAAUUAUCAACACUUAGAAAUGAGGUAGAUAGUAUUGCAUUGCUGCGAACUGAUUUAGAUUCGGUCAUGAUGGAUGAGUUACCACAACUAAGGAAGGAUGUCUUGUCAAACAGAAGAGAUCUGUGGUUGAGACUUGCCAUGAUAAGUAAAGAGUAUAAUGCUAGUGUGGGCAAGUUGGACACCAAAUUCACUGCUUUACAGGAGUCUUAUUCCUCUGCUCAAAUCAGUGGUACUAUAUCGUCAGGUGAGAUACUGUCGAUAAAUGGCAAAAUUACUGCUUUACAAUCAGAAUUGAAUGCAUUGAAAGAGAUCCAAGAACAAUUGGAAAACAUGAAAUCAACAUUAACAGAUUCACAGAAGGAAGUAAUGACACAGAAACAGAGGUUGAAUAAACUUGAGAACCAGAUAUCCACAAUAUCCAAUUUGGAAAUACCUGUUGACCUUAAUAACAAACUAUCAGCAAUUGGAGAGGUCCAACAGGAAAUUAGCCAUGAUAUGAGUAAAUUUAAAGUCGGUAUCAAAGAAAUUGAGAAGCACUUCCACGUACCUGGUACCAACAAAUGGAUAGAUAUCAGUCUGUUGAAUGAACAUGUCGGAGCAUUGGACGUACAAAUUGAAGCCAUCCAGAAGGAUCUGGUGAUUUCAAGCACCGGUACUGGUGAUGUUUCUAAGCAACCGUCAGGUCUUGACGCUGACCUCUUGAAGCUACAAGAAGAUAUUGUUCUUCUGAACACAGUCCUGGGAGUGUCAUCAGAUAGCAACCAAGGGGGCACACUAGUAACAUUACAACAGAGGCUAGCAGUUCUAGAGGACUCAAUUAGUGGAGAGGAAAAGAACACUCAGUUUGCAGUUGACGUAUCAAAGGCAUCAGAAGAUGUUAUUUUACUGAGAUCAAGUAUUGAGAAGUUAUCAACAUCUGUCAGUGCUGUGGAAAAGGUUGUUAGUGCUGCAAAUUUGGAUAAUUUGCAAUCAGAUGUAACAAACCUAAAGACAAUUUUUCAACAACUUCAAUUGGAUCUUACAAAAUGUUGCAAGAAUGGUUCAGCUAUGGCUGCAUUGUUUAUGGCUGAUGAAUCUAGUGGCAUCUUGGACUUCUUGAUGUCACGUUUUGUUGGAAGAGAUGAAUUGGAUCUGACAAAGCAGAAGUUAUCGGCAGGUGCUCUCAAUAUGAAUGCAACAGAUGAAGUCAAUUUACAGAUUAUUCGUAACAUCGUGAAUGAUCUGAUGCUUGUGAAUAAUGCAGACAAAACUGGUAUGGUGGACUUUGCAUUAGAAUCAGCUGGUGGCAGCAUUAUCAACACUCGGUGCUCCAAGACUUACUCCCCCAAGACAGGACUACUUAGCAUCUUUGGUAUACCUUUGUGGUAUUCUUCUAGUUCACCGAGAAUGGUUAUUCAGCCUGACAUGAACCCCGGCAACUGCUGGGCGUUUGUAGGGACUCAGGGUUAUGUGGUGAUACAGUUAUCAAACUUUGUCAAGAUCACUUCCUUCUCAAUGGAACAUAUCCCAAAAUCCCUUUCCCCUACUGGCAACAUUGACAGUGCUCCCAACAACUUCUCUAAAUCAAAUACAGAUGCCUUUCGUAUUGUGGAGCUGAGGAUUCACAGUAACCAUGGUAACAUAGAAUACACAUGUUUAUAUCGUUUCCGUGUUCAUGGAAUUCUUCAGAAGUAGUAUUGCGUAAUAACUUGAUAUAAUAGAAACUUGGUGCCAAAGGAUUAAUGUACUUGUGCAUAAUAAUUGUACAUACUGAUUGUAAAUACUUUUUUCUAUAUUGUUGCAACAAAUUUAUAUAAUAAAAAUUAUGAACAAGACGGUUGAUAAAGGAUCUGCAUGUUGCAGAGGUUUUUGAUAUUUCAUUUAAUGUCGUAUUUUUUUAUGCCUUGUUCAGUGAACCUGCCCCCUGCCAAUAUUGGUGAUUUCAAAUAAAAAUACAAUUUUAAUUUUUGCCAAUUUGUGCACCCGCCGCCACAAAAAAUUGAAAUUUCAGAAAAAAAUAAUUAUUACGCCCACCACUGCCAUUAAAUCUAAAAAUAAGGUAUGUAUGUUUCUUCCUAAUUAUAUAAAUUUAAAGCAUUUAACCAUCCCAUUA